CGGCUCCAUGGUGUCUACCAUUUCUGAGAGCUUCUUUCGCCAACAUCUUGAACCUUGGGGCCAGGAGCGCCUCCGUUCUUGUCAUUGGUUGGAGCUCAGAGCUGCCAACGGUCUGACUAUUCCUUACCUCGGAUAUUUGGAACUUGACGUGAAACUUUGUGGCAAAUUGAUGCCGCAAUGCGGUGUUUUGGUGGUUAGGGACCCACCUGGUGGCAUGCCUUCUCGAGUGCCUGGUAUCCUGGGGAUGAACGUGAUUCGUAAGUGCUACCAGGACCUUUUUGGCCAACAUGGUGUAGCGUUGUUCUCCCAGGUCUGUAUCUCUGAAGCCCCCAAGCCAGUUGUGCAGGCACUGCAACAGUGUCAUCAUGCAAGUGGCCUAUCUCCCUCAGACACUCCAGGGGCGGUGAAGGUCAGCGGUAAGAGGAGCUGGCAGAUUCCGGGUGGUGUUAUGAGAAUGGUGGCCGCCACAUGUUCUGAGCAGUACUCAGGUUCUACGGUACUUUUUGAGCCUUUGGAUGCUGGUUUGCCUGCGGGGUUGCUGGCUUCCCCUUCUUUAGUUUGCGUUAUAAGGGGUACAGCCUAUAUACCUGUUAUUAAUGUUGGCUGCAACAAUGUUAUGUUGUACCCCCGCACUGUUGUUGGCACACUGGACUUCGUGAACGUGGUCAGCCUUCCUGCAGGAGUCACCGAGGUGCCAUCAAAUGUGGCCACUGUGUCUUCCCAGACAGCUUCACCCAGUGUGCAGCAACAGGUGGACGAUGUGGAUGUGUCGCCAUUGUCGGUUGGUGAACAGGGUCAGGUGAGGUCACUACUUGGACAUUACGCUUCAGUAUUCUCCACCAGUGACACCGAUCUGGGUUGUACUAACCUCAUCUCCCACGACAUUCCUUUGAUUGAUGAUACUCCAGUGGCGCAGCGUUAUAGGCGCAUUCCACCCUCAGAGUAUGAGGUGGUGAAGGAACACAUCAAUCAACUGCUCUCAUCUCAAGUAAUUCGGGAGAGUAGCAGCCCCUACGCGUCCCUGAUUGUGUUGGUACGGAAAAAGGGUGGCAAACUACGCAUGUGCGUUGAUUACCGGCAGCUUAAUCGUAAGACCCGCAGAGACGCCUUCCCUCUACCACGCAUAGAAGAGUCUUUGGACGCAUUGUCCGGUGCUUGCUGGUUUUCAACCCUGGACUUGACCAGUGGCUAUCACCAGGUGCCAGUCACUGAGACCGACCGGCCAAAGACCGCGUUUUGUACACCUUUCGGUUUAUUUGAGUGGAACAGAAUGCCUUUUGGGCUCUGUAAUGCGCCCAGCACUUUCCAAAGGUUGAUGCAACGCAUCUUUGGUGACCAGCAGUGUUAGUCUUUAUUGUUAUAUCUUGAUGAUAUUGUUGUGUUCUCCUCCACUAUUGAACAGCAUCUGGA